AACAGAUUCAAAGGACGAAUGUUGAAAAUGAAUAUUUAGUACCUAGUACACAACAGGGCACAGGCAUUUUUUAUAUCAUAAAUAGUGAAAUCGGUACAUGUUCUUGUUUUGUUGGUAUAAAUGGUGCCCCAUGUAAACAUCAAGGAGCCGUCUCAAUGAAAUUUCAUCUUUCAAUGUUUAACUUUAUUCCAUCAUUAACGCCAAAUGACCGUGCAAAUUAUACUUACAUUGCACUUGGUUAUGUUGCUCAUGAUAAUUCGUUUUAUGCCUCGCUUCAUGCACAACAAGCCCCACAACAAGAAAAUUUACACCAUAGUGAACCAACAUUUUCUAGUACUCCGAAUAUUAAUAACGAAACAAGCGAUACUUCAGAUAUUGAGUGGAAAGAACCAAACGAAAAUCGUGAAGAUAUCGAUAUUUUACCAUUUGUUGCAUUUUUAGAAGAGGUUAAGUUAGAUUAUCAAAAUGCUGGCGAACCACUACAUGCUGCAUUGGAUAAGUUCAAAGAACGUUAUAAUGUCGCAAAAUCAAAAUCAAUUUCUCAGUUAUCUUCCUAUUUAUAUGAUUUAAAUCAUAAUAUGGAUCCGAUGGCUCGUGUUAAGAGUGGUGCGCGAAUCAGAGUUCAGGUAGAAUCAGUUAAAAGAUGUAAAGUAGAAAAUG